CAAGACGAUGAACCCGGUGUACUGCCAGUUGACCUUCCCUCCCGACCCGGUCAUCAAUGAAACCUGCGAAGAGACCAUUGGAGUCCAGGAACAGAAGCAGAUUGAAACCAUUGACAUCCCCAAGUUCAACAGCAACCAUCACAUCACCGUCAUGGCGGACUUUAGUGUGCAAAUUACUGCUUUCCGUGACAACGAAGACAGGCGAUGCUUCCUCAUGAAUCACACAAACUCCCUCUUUGAGAGCCCAACGAACGUACUCGAGUUCAUCAGAGGUUACAAGGCUGGUGAGCACUUGACCCAACUGAAGACGAUCUACACUAAGAUGCAAGUCCAGGGGCCGGCGGUGAACAUGACGGCUUUAGCCACGAGCGUCCAGACUCACUGCUUUCAGAUCUCAACCUUUUGGCUUCACUCUACCCAGGAGAUCGAGGAAGGUGCUCCAGUGAAGAGAAGUGUGGACUCCCAGUCAGGCCGAUCAAUGGUCUUCUUCAACGGAAAGAACAACGUCCAUAUUGACAUCAUGGGGGCCUAGAAACGAAACGCUCAGUUCAAAUCUAUACAAGGUUUGCACAAAUGACCCGAUCGGUGAAUCUACGUUGCAAUAUACCCAAGACUGUAUGAGUAAAAAUUUGAAAAUGUAUCUGUAUCAAAUCAUAUUUGUAAAAUAAUUGAUGGACCAGUUGAAUUGGUAUAUAAGUUCUCACUAUUUCUGUUCAUUGUAGAUGUGUAGUAUUAACAAUGUACAGUAAAGUGAUACUAUGAAUUUGAAUUUGUGUAUAUUGUUUUUUUUUUUAAAUAAUAACGAUCAAACACUAAUAAAAGGCCAGUCUCGGAAGGAUUACAAGAGAUAAUUUUUUAUUGUGAAGAAUAGGCAAGGGUGUGAUAUUGAAAUUCUUUUAUUUGCAACAUAAACAAAGAUAUAUGUUUUUAGAUAAGAGUAAGCAAUAAAUCAGAAUUUAUUUUGAUAGUAACAGAAUUUAUGAUUAUAGUAAAGAAGAAAAAAUUAAAAAUGCAAUUUAUUAGAGCUUUUGUAUCCACACUGCUGUGUGUUCAAAGGGUAAACAUUGUCAUGUAUUAUUGGAAGAUGAUCAUUGAAAAAAGUUGACAUUUAAAAAUGCAUUAAUUGUUAUUGAAAAUACUAGAGCAUUAUUGCUCACGGUAUUACAUGUAGGUUCAGUUGACCGAAAACUAUUUCGUCCCUGGUUUCACAAAGUGACAUUCAAAGCAAAAACUAUUUUUGCAUGGCAUUUGACAGUUUACCACCCAUUAUUAAAGGCUCUUGUGCGUUUUACAUGUGGGUUUCCUUAAAUUGUUGCUUCAUGAAAACAAGGUAACAAUGCCUCUUUUAUUUUUUUAAAUGAAUCGACGGUUUGGUGUAUAGCUCUUAUUUUCUCCCUAAAUUUGGAGAAUCAUGCGAAGGAACAAACAAAGAAUUGCAUAAGAUGUGGAUAUUAUGACAGGAAUAUUUGAAAGAAAUUUACCCAAAACUAACUUUUUAUUAUUUGCAUACUCAUCUAUCACUUUGUGAAAACGGACAAUUUUUUUUAAUACUAAAAUGCUGUAUUGAAUGUUGUUGCAAUUAAAGAACAAAUUUUUGAAAAAGCAUGGUAAUAAUGAAAUUCAAUUGAAAUGUUUUUAUUAUCUGUUUUGACUAUCUCAAGUACCCAUGUGUAAUGUGCUGUAUUUACGAAUAUUAUUUUAUCGAAUUUGUAGCAGUGUUAUUGUUUCCUUUGGUUACUUGUAUAUCAGCAAAACAGGUAUGCUCAUUUAAAGGUGUAAAUAAAGUAAAUCAUGUAACAAAACUGUAAUUAAGCUAUAACAGAACUUGUAUGGUACAGUGGUAGUUAAAUGAAUAGAUUUGUUUACUAUUAAAAUGAUUUAAAACUUAAGCAUGUUUCUUAAUAACUGAACUACAUUAAUUGGAAUCCAGGGGCCCAUCGCAGAAAGAGUUGCAAUCAAUUGCAACUCCAAAAAUCAACCUAUCAACAGCGCGCAUUUUUGUCUUGCGAUUGUUUUUUUACUUGCGUUUAUUAAAACGCAACUCUUUCUGCAACGGGCCCCAGUUCGCAUACAAUCUUGUUGCUAUAAUACAGGCAAGAAAUUAUUAUUAUUUUUUUUCAUUUUUAGGGGGCUACUUUUCAUAACUUAUGGCGAAGUCACAUUUCCCCUAAAGCGACCGUACGAUUAGUCGAAAACAGCCGUUUCAACAUUUUUUGUACCAGCUACAUACAGGUGGUUUGAAUGAAAAUGAAUAAAAUGGCUGUUUUUGACCCGUCGUACUGUCGCUGUAGGGGACAUAUAACUGCACCAUUAAUGUCUAAAUCUGCAACAUUGUAUAAGCUGUAUCGAGAUGAAUGGGGAUUUUUAAGUUUUCAGGGCCCCAGCCUUUGAGCAUUUUGAGGGCUAAACCGCCCCAAGCCCCAGUGUAAUUUUUUCCCCUGUUGCUAUAUCUGGCAAUCCUCAAACAAGCAUUUGUUUAUUAUUAGUAUACAACAUAAUACAAUUUAAAUAUGUUGGUAUUAAAGCAGGUCUAUUGGAUAUGUUUUGUGCUUGCAGUGUAUAUUGCUUGAAGUUCUAAUACACAUACUGUUUUAUAGAAGCACUAACUAUUAAUUUAGGUAUUUAUCCUAAGGUUCAAUAUAUUGGACAAAUAGCAAACAAAAACAAUUAUUAAUUUGAAGAAUCAAAUUUCAAGUAGGUUAGAGAACUUCUGUAAAUAUUAAAGUUGCAAUCCUGUAGUUAUAUAUGCAGGCAAAGAAAUUAUGUCUAUUAUGUAUUAAAAAGGGGGUGUUACUCCUGAAUGUUUUAGCCGUCACAUGCCGAUGUACUGUAUGUAUUGCCGGCUGUUUUUUUCCCUUUCAAUCCCAUUUCUUAAUAUCAAGCAUUUCAUUCUUGAUACCUAGAAUUCUAUUUCAUUAACAACACAACAUAUCAAGAAUUAAAACUCUUAUAUGAAGAAUCAUUCUUUUAGUUGAAUAUGAUUUUUUUUUAAACUGACCAAUCAAUAUCAAUGUUACACGCACAUUAGGUUUAAAAUACUGACCAGGGACCAAUCAGUGCGAUUCUUUCAUAUUUUCAAUUCAUCGUUAAAAAAAAAGAAAUUUAAUGGCUCAGUUGGUAAAGCGUCCGUCUGACAACCCGUACCCGCUGUCCUCUCCAGGACAGCAUUCACGCUUUUUUGGGAGAGUACAUGUACUUCUUCAAGGAGGUCGGAAGUUCAAGCCCCGGCCGGCCACAUCAGACCAAUUUAACGAUGUUAAACGAUGAGAGUUGCUGCUAGGGCAAUGUCAAUCUGACGCUGCACAGUGGCUGCCGGGCCCAUGAUCUUUUUUGAGUAUUUCUUUUUCAGAUUUUUAUUUUGAACAAUAAAAUAUGGAUUUUCAUUGAUAUGACAAAAAGGGGGAUAAAAAAAAUGCUUGCCGUAGCCUGCAUACAUCGGCAUACGCUGGCUGAAAUGUUCAGGUCUGACCGUCCAGCUCUAGAUUUCCAAUAUGUGAAGUGGUGAUUGUGAAUAAUCAUGCAUGCUUUUUUUUUCUUUCUAUACACAUAUUUUUUUUAUUCUUUCGUGUGUAAUAUCAGGUAACUCAUAUUUUAAUGGAGAUGAAUUGUGACAAAGUUUGGGUGUUGUUUUAUUUUGUAAUUAUGUAUAUUAUAUGAAACCACAUUAUUCUUUUCUUUGUGACGUGAAACCCAAAUAUACACCGGUACACAAUAUUUUGAAUUCUUGUGAACCUUUCUUUUUCGUAUUUUCCGACCCCUUGUUCCUCUCUUCUUUCCCUCUUUCUACCCCUCUCUCCCUCUUUCUUCCCCUCUCUCCUCAUUAUGCUUUUCUCUUUUCCGACAAACAUCUUUAUGUAUCAAUGUUUGUGAUGUUGCUUGUGGUGCCUUUUUCUGUCGACUCUCUUUCCUAUUAAUUUCUUUCAAUUUUCCUCAUCACUUUAGCAUGUUUCCCGCCUUUCUUGUCUUUUUGUGGUUGUGCCUUCUAUUUCAUCUAGUUAUCUUUUUCUUUCCUUUUAAUUCCUUAUCUCAUUUUUUUUUAAUAGUUAUUUCAAUUUCCAUGCAUAUUAAGAAAUGCAAUAUUAUGAACCAUUGUUUGAUAUUUUGGGCAAAAGGGAGACAUUUACGCAAAGCCCUUCUAUCAAUGGAGUGGAAGGGAUAGGUAAUUUUUAUUCACGGGGGAUUUCAAGUUCAUUUUGAGGCUAAAGGAUUAGAUUAUAUCAUUGAUAAACUUGCAGAGGAGGGUUCAAAAAGUCUAUAACAAUAAAGAAUUGUUUUCUUUAACUAGAAAAAAGGAGAAAUCUCAAUUUUUUAGGGGUCGGGUCUGGAUAAAAUAUCUUAUUGAAAAAAAAAUACAUUAUUUGCUGUAUGAAAACAGACGUGUACGUGUAAUUUCAUUUGCAUUCUCUUCUCAGGCCGGGGACACUGACAAGUUGUCAUUUACAUGUAUCUGACAGUUACCAUAGUAACGGUCUGACUCUUGACCAAUCAAAAUCAAGGAAAGAUGUUGGACCUGUCAACCUGCCAGACAAAUGCGGAUGUUCCUUAUACUUGUAAAUGUCUUCACUAUCAUCUGUAUAUUUUGUCUCCAAGUUUAAGCAUAUAUAUUUCUGAUCCUUUUUCACCUUUCAAGUUUUCUAGAAUUAUAUCCAUUAUAUCAUUUAUAGUCAUUAUGAACUGGCAAGUAUGGUCACAUAUGUACAAAAUAUACAUGUACAGGUAUAUCCCAAAAUGUAUUAAGAAUGAAGUAAUUCUUUACUAUCUAAUAUGAUAGUGUGAUGUUUAUGCAUGUUUUAGUAAAUUGUAUAAUCGUUUUGUAGUAGUCAUUACAGCAACUAGAAAUGUAAAUAAUGCUAUGCAUGUAUAAAAUCAUGAAGAGAACAAAAAUUGUAUUAUCAGGGAAAAAUGAAAAUGGCUAUUUUCAAUAUUUCUGAAGAAAUUUUGGCUGAGACACUGAUUUCUUUUCCAAAAAGUGGGAAAAUUGAUUGAGAACAAGUUAUAUUUGAAUAUUUUUAAUCAAGACCGUGAAAGUUUGAGGGACUGUCUCGUGAAAGCUGAAAAAUGCUAUGCCUGAAUAAAAUCAUGAAGAGAACAAAAAUUGUAAUAUCAGGGAAAAUGAAAAUGGCUAUUUUCAAUAUUUCUGAAGAAAUUUUUGGUCAGACACUGAAUACUUUUCCGAAAGUUGGGUAAAUUUAUUGAAAAAGGUAUAUUUCAAUAGUUUUAAUCAAGACUGAAAGUUGAGGGACUGUCUUGUAAAAGCUGUAGACAAGGUCAAGUUGUCAUUAAUGGACAGUUACCAUAGUAACAGUCAGGCUAUUCUUCGUGGCCAAUCAAAUCCAAGGUUUGUUGUCAGAUCUGACGACUUUUCAGACAAAAUAUGUUGAUGAAAUUCCUCUAAGGAGCAUCUUUCAUUUCUUCAUGUGAUGGUGGAAACGUUUUGCAAGAAAUGCCAAACUUUUUAAAGUUUGCUUAACUUUAUAUCAAUAAAUUGAUGACCUUUUCAAACCACUACUCUUCACGUUUCACAAAGCUUGAAAUAUGAAAAUUGUACGGAGCCAUUUUUCAGCAUCCACGUCUUUGGGAAAGUAUUCAGUAGCCUACGAAGACAAAAAAAGUAAAAAUAUAUGAAAAUUCACCUACAAUGUAAGAUCUUUUUAUCAACAAUCUAUUUAGUUUUUCCUAGGCUUUAUGGGGAUUUAUAUUUAUAUUAUCAUUAUCCGAACUGUGUAUGCAUGUAGGAGUUUUAUCAUUAUGAAAUUAAAUUUGAACAACAGAAAAGAGGGCUCUUGAGUGGAUUUUAAGUUCCCUAAAAAAUGCCUUUUAAAUAAAGUGAAAGUGUACGAGUUCUUGGUUUAGUACAUGUAGUUCCCUGGCCUUUUUGGUAUUUGUAUUCCUUUGCAAAGUAUUAUUUGAUGUACCCUUAUAAAAAAAAUGGAAAAGACUUUUUAAAAAUAUUGAAAUAAGUUUCAUUCCAAAAGUUCAUGCAAAAUUAUGGAAAAAAAGAGAAUUGAUUAUGAAAUAAAGUCUUACACUUCUACAACAUA